AUGGCCAUUAAAGUGACGAUAAAGAUAAGUGGCGGCGAGACUUUCGAAGUCGAGGCGGAACAAUCCACAACCGUACUGGAACUGAAGGAGAAGUGUGCCGAGCGCGCGGGUGCCACCGCCGAUAAGCAGCGACUUAUCUUCAAGGGCCGCAUAGUGAAGGACGGUGAGACUUUGGAAUCUCUCAAGGUUGAGGAUGGCAACACCAUCCACCUAGUCCGGAGCGGUGUGAAACCAGCAACUUCAUCUGGCACAUCUUCGGGUACUCAAGCGGAAGCGCCCAAAUCAACCCCUACCGCUGGAGGGAACGCCAAUGCAGCUCCCACCGCAGAUGCUUUUCCCUUCGGCCAGGCCAACGCCUUUUCGCCGGAAGCUAUGCAGCAGAUGAUGCAGGGAAUGGGUAUGGGUGGUUUCGGUGGCAUGGGUGGAAUGGGCGGCAUGGGUGGUAUGGGCGGUAUGGACGACCUCAACCCGCAGGCCGCCGCUGCCCUUCUGAACAACCCCAUGGUGCAGGAGAUAAUGCAACAGAUUAGCAACAACCCACAGCUUCUUAAGGAUUUGUUGGGGAAUAACCCGCUGUUGCAGCCCAUGAUGCAGCAAAACCCUAUGUUCAACCAGAUGAUGAACAACCCUGAGUUCCUGCGCAGCAUGAUGCGCCCGGGUAUGCUUCAGGCCGGUCUUCAGCUCCGCCAGUCGAUGCAGCAGCAACAGCAGCAGGCAGGGGCUAAUCCCGCUGCCCCUGCCGCGGCUCCCGGCACUGAGAACUUGUUCAACCCUCUGAUGGCUGGCGGUUUCCCUGGUUUCAACUUCCCGGCGGCAGCCAUGCCGACCGACACCCGCCCCCCGGAGGAGCGUUACGCUUUCCAGCUGCAGACGCUGCAGGAGAUGGGUUUCACCAACCGCGAAGAAAACCUUAGUGUGCUGAACUCGACGGGAGGCGACAUUUCGGCCGCCAUUACACGGCUGCUGGAGGCCAGGGGAAAUCCCGCGUCCAGCUGA